CAAACAUGUUUUCAAGUGAUAUAUCUCGUUUGGUGACUGAGUGACCGUGUUCCAGCGCGAUGGCCGGGGAACGAUGAGGCCCUGAGCGCUCUCUGUGCCGGGUAAUUCGGCCCCAGGGCCCCCAGCCAGGCCUCAAUAGCCAGGUCUACGGCGUUCCGCGAGCCCGAGGCCCCCCCAACCGACCCAACUGGCCUCUUACGGUGCGGCCAGCCAUCCUUGGUUGUCAACACGCGCGAGCCAGCCGCCCUCAGGAUGAGCAAGCUGUCGUUCAGGGCGCGUGCCCUGGACGCCUCCAAGCCCAUGCCGAUCUACAUGGCCGAGGAGCUGCCGGAUCUACCAGAUUAUUCGGCCAUUAACCGCGCGGUGCCCCAAAUGCCCAGCGGCAUGGAAAAGGAGGAGGAAUGUGAACAUCAUCUUCAACGAGCGAUAUGUACAGGUUUAAUCAUUCCUACUCCUGAAGUAACCGAUCUGGCAGAUGCGGAAGCUUAUGACAAGAUAUAUCCUGCUGAUUAUAAGCUGCCUCGCCAAUUGAUACACAUGCAACCCUUUGCUAUGGAACAAGACAUACCUGACUACGAUAUGGAUUCGGAAGAUGAAAAAUGGGUUGCGCUACAAAGUCGCAAAAUGGAAUUGACUCCUCUCCAAUUUGAAGAAAUGAUGGAUCGCUUAGAGAAGAGUUCGGGACAAACCGUAGUUACCCUCAACGAAGCUAAGGCACUUUUGAAAGAAGACGAUGAUUUAAUUAUCGCAGUGUUCGAUUAUUGGCUCAAUAAGCGUCUUAAAACUCAACAUCCAUUAUUAUUAACGGUUAAAACAGAGAAUCGAUUCGGCUCGGCUGCCAACAAUCCAUAUCUCGCGUUUAGGCGACGUACGGAGAAAAUGCAAACGCGUAAGAAUCGCAAAAAUGAUGAAACCAGUUAUGAGAAAAUGCUGAAGCUUCGUAGAGAUCUUAGUAGAGCAGUCACACUUCUGGAGAUGGUUAAACGACGAGAAAAGACGAAACGGGAACACUUGCAUCUUACAAUCGAGAUUUAUGAGAAACGAUAUCAAGCGCAAGACUUCAGUGGACAAAUAUUGGCAGAGGUAUCAGCAUUAAAGACACCAAGACCAGCAUUUGCUCCACUCUUCACUAAUCAGUUCGGUGUUCAUCAAAACUGGACUAACAAAGUUUGUAAAGAUGAAGUAGUACCCAGGAAAGAAAAGAGACAGUAUAAGAAACGGAAACAUAAAACGGACAGUAGAGGAGGAAGUUUAGAUGAUACUGGUAUCCGUAGUGGAACGGGUAGCGGUGGUGGCCGAGGAAAUCGCCCAGGAGUUCUUGGAAGUGGACUGGAUACGCUCAUCAGUUCGGACGACGACAGUUCGCUUCCAUCUCAUUCACACACUCAGCCCUCGUUACCCUCCGAUCGUGAUGACGAAGACACCGCAGAUGAGGGUCAAUUCGCCUUUCGUCGAAAUAGGAAUAGUUCUUACUUACCGCCUGUAUCAGGUGGUUUUGGAAAUUGGCCUUGGUGUGAUAAAAGUGAAGGUGGUGCGGCUGAUAAAAAAUACAGGUUUGCGUUGACAAGUAUUAGCAAACCAGUGCCAAGGUGUAUCGGUCUCGCACGACGGAGAAUUGGUCGUGGUGGCAGAGUAAUAUUAGAUCGCUGCGCAUCCGAUAUGGAUGAUAUAUGGUCUACUUUAGACUUCACAAUACAUGACUCCAAGCGCGAGACAACAGAUUCAAACGCAACCGCCACAGCAAUGACAACCAUCAAGAAAGAGUGGUUACAUUUUCGACCAAAGACUCCUCCAGUGUCGAUGCAUAGUCCAAGCGAGGAAAGUAGCGAUGAUAUGGACUCGGAUGUAGAGCCAAUAGUGUCUCGAUCUAAGCUUCCAUAUCCAUUUCCACCCGAGGCGACGUCCAUAUGCAUCGAGGUGGAACCGGAACGUGCGGGUGACGAAUCACCGUUUACAUCGGAGUUUAAUAUCGCGGAUUAUUUCGCGAUGGACGCCGUAUCAGACUUUGAGCUCGCGGUCGCGAGCCUCGGUAGUACGGGUAGUGCGUGCAUCAGUGGUCUCUCGGAUAGCGGCGUGAACGAAUCACGGACAGACGGCGAGCUGGGCAGUUCACAUUUUAUGGUGACGCCGCUCGCGAAUAAUCUGUUCGCGCCGCCCGUCACGACACAGACUCGGCUUACUCAUUGCAGUGGUGGUUUUAGUGGUGGAUCUAGUGUUGUACAUACUUGUAUGAGUUCUUUAUCGAUUCCUCCGUCGUCCUCCGUCGUCGCGUGUGCGACCAAUCAAGCUACUGUGACAUCGAAUACAGUGUCCACACAGUGCACUGUUGGUCUCAGUGCUGUGGUUGAUGUGCAGUCAAAUCAUCAACCCAAACAACAACACAGACAAUUGCCAAACAACAGUACUGCUGCCUCCAUUCUCUCGAAAUCCUUGACUAGUCCGAUAAAUAAUAGGAAUGGUGGCAGCUGCGGCAAUGGUGGUAGUAGCAGUGGUAGUGCAAACGUUAGAGUGUUUAGUGCAAAUACCACAUGUGGUGGUGGUAGUAGUAGUGGUGGUGGUAGUGGCAGUAAUGGCAGUAAUAUCACAAACUUUGGUAAUAGCCAUCAGAACGGCCCGCUGCCACACAUAAACAACUCUAACAAUCUAACAAAUAGCACUCACAUUGUCAACAACCAACAGUCCACUAUAGUUCUACCACAGAAGCAUCCGCCGUCCAAUCUGCUACCCGGCCUGAUAACGCAAAGUAAAUUGGCGAGCCUCGCGAGGCAGCAGCAACAACAGACACAAAAUCAGGCUCCACAGGUCCCAUCGUCUGGGGAAAUUACGCUUAAUAGUAAUAGUGAAAGUUUGGAUAUGGAAGUGGAUGGAGUGGAUGGUUCGCCGUGCGACAGCAAAUCGCAGCAACAACAGCUCGUACGAACGAAUAAAACAAAUCCACUGGCGAUGGAAGUGACAUGAUGCCUGCUAUUGGCACCCCUGUUGCCGCCAAUACGUCACUGGGGGCUUCGCUAAUUCUCUUACCUUGCCUACGAUAUUUGCUUCGGGCGGGAGAUCGGACGCGUACUGAUGAUAGAUUGCGCUACGUUGACAAUGAAAGAGCGAUACGGCUAGGUACAAUUGCAAAAUUGCUCCUCUGAUUGGUUGUUUUAUCGUGGCGAUGCUAAUCAGCAAUAGCAUGGAUUCUAAUGCAAGUACCAAGUUUCUUUUUCUUCUUAUCGUUGGGGAGAUAUUUGCUCCAUAUUUUCUAAAUUAUCUUUUUCCUUGCUCAUUGAACGAUUAAUAGUCAUUUAUCAUUAAAUACAAUGAUAUAUAAUUAUGUAAAAAAUAUUGUCCUUAUUUCCUGUAGAUACAAGAUUCCAAAAUUAUCCAAUUACUCGAGAUUAAAUUUGUUGUUAAUGAUAUUGCUCGUUCUCCGUCUUUUCUGAGGAUAAAAAAUGAUGUGUGAUCUACAUAAAUUGGGUUCUGGGGCUCGCGAAAGAUACAAAUUUAACUAAUAAAUUAACUAUAAAGAAAAAAUGAAAUUAUAUGUGUAAUAAAUUAUUCUUCUAAAAAUAGCAUAUAAUACUUCUUCAUUAUUUUGAAUGACAACAAUCCUACUCGUUCAGUGCAAGGAAAAUUGUAAUCGGAAACUCGAGAUGUAAACCAUUAAGUUUAUCUUGACAUUAAAAUCCUCACUUAUCAGUUCAGUACUGUUCAGUUACACGCGACACGAUUUGAUGCACAGUAAUGCAGCAAGCUUUCUCAGACACAGCAUUGAUUACUGAAUUAUUGAAAUUCUGGAAAAAAAGUUCUUUAAUUUCGCUCAUAACAUUCAUCUUUCGAGUAGACAUCCAAGAAUAUAGAGGUAUUGUAGACAUAUUCGAUCGAUUAUCAUAGCUUAUUCAGUUAUUAUAAAAACAAAUGAUCAUGUUUUUGAAAAGAAAUAAUUUCGGAUAACUUCCUAAAGAUUCUUUCACAACCGUGCAUGGGAAAUAGAUACAAAACAUUACAUUAGCAAUGACAGGGAUUGUACAGUAAUCUGCUUGUAAGUACAAUAGUAUGCUCGAAUUACAUCUCGUCGCUUUCCAGAUAAGUAAGACUACA